GUGAAUUUUAAAUGCAUAAUGUGCCCAUAUAACCUACAAACUAUGACUUAGCUUAUCAUUGUAAUUAUUACGCAAACAAGAGUAAAGUUGAACGUUCAGUGUAUUUUAUAAUAACAAUGGAGCAGAUUUGUCUUCACCUGGUCAAACUCAACAUGUUGUCCAGAAUAAGGUCAUUAAACCGUGUUGAUUCAGUGGUCAGAUGGUGUGGACAGAGACAGCGUCCGUCACUCUUCGCCUCUGCUCGGACUGAUCUCAUGAGGACAAACUCAUCUACAUCUCUGAAACCAAGAGGAUCUGUCACAGUUUCUCUUUCAUCUCUCUGUUUGAGAUCAAGACUCAGCAUCUGUAUAACAGCAUUCAGACCUCCAGUUCAUCCGUUCAUCAUUCAGUCCACGCGGGAGUUUCACACCUCGGGCAGACUGAGAGCUUUACCUGCACCCUUGAUAUGGAUGGUGCUGAAGCCACUGCAGAAGCUCAUGGCCAUCAUACUGGGCAGGAGUAUUAGAAAAUGGUGGUUGGCUCUGCCACCCAAUAAAAAGCAGCUGUUUCGUGAAUGGACAUGGUGUCGACGCUGGCACUUUGUGGGAGCUGGGACAGGACUGCUGUUCUUCGUCUGCCUCUUUUUAUUCACUCAUCUGGAUGAAUCUCCAGUGACGGGCAGGACCCGACUGCUGGUGUUCAGCAGGGAGAACUUUAUGGAACUGGCUCAGGUCACUGCGGAAGCGUAUAUGGAGGAGUUUAAGGAUUCUCUGAUCGCUCGAUCGGAUCCCUGGCAUCAGGCGGUGGAGUUAGUGGUUCGGAUUCUGGCCGAGAGAAACCGGGACAUUGCUGAGAUUACCUCUGUCCCCUGGACGGUCCAUGUGGUGGACGGUCCUACAAUCAAUGCGUUUGUUUUGCCUGUGAGUCAUAUCUGGUAACAACCAAAGGAUUUCUCUAAUAAAGAAAGCAAAUCUAUAAAUUUUUUGGCAAAUUAAGAAGCAACUCUGACUGCAAAGAAAUCAUCAGUCUUAGAGUUUGCUUAUUAUUUAGAUGACUUGCUUCUUCAUUAUCCAACCUAUUGUACUGUAUGUUGAACAUUAU